AUGGCCCGAGUCUCCAGAGUCCAGCCUGAGUGUGGCCUGAGUGGACACCGUGACUCGGAUGACCACUUUUAUGCGCGCAAUCGGCGCGCUGCCAUCGGCCGUCCGAAUUAUUUAAUUAUUAAUACAAUAACAUUAAUCAUUGCGAGCGCUGCACUCGCCAUAUACUACCUUCAAGAACCGAAAUUGAUGCAAGGUCUUAGGUUGGUGAAUUCGAGGGAGGGCGAGAUUGUUUCCGCUAGUACUGCUAGUGGUGAAGAUGGCGCUGGAAUGAUAGUAGAUGUGAUCGCUCUUCGGAGGAGGAGGAGGAGGAGCGGGAGGAGCAGGAAAAUGACCAAGCCACGCAAACAGCUACAUGGAGGGCUGUACUCGUCGUCUGCGCUCGUCAAGCCUGCCGCCGUGGCAAUCAGAGUAGUUAUCCCCAUUUUGGGGGGGAGGGGGGGGGACCUCCUCCGUGAGAAACCAUGGCCUGGAUCGGGGAAUCUGACGCCUCUUGGUAAAUGCAAUCGUCAAGGUAAUGAAAAUCGAUGA